AACAUAAGCAGAACCGCUAGGCUUUAGCGGGCCUAAGGAGGAGGCCCUCCUGGCGGCUGGCAGGCUGAUGGGGAAGAGGACAAGCAGGCUGUGAGAUGGGGUGAUGGUGGACUGGUCUGGAGGGCACCAGGACUGAUAGAGGCUCUGCGCCACUGGUCCUGCGGCGAGGCUGGGUGAGAACAGACCGGCUCUGGAGGAGCAGGGGAAGGGGGUCUCUCCAUCUGAGAGAACCGGGGGGAGGGGACGGAGAGCGUUGCGGGGUAGGGCUGGAAACCAUGAGAAGCUAGCAACAGGCGCUGGGACCAGGAAACGGAAGAAUCAGAGGUCUGACUAAGUAGCUGACAGGGUCAGUGGAAGUGGAAGGAGAGUGAAGUGUGGCCGGAUCCAAGGGCCCAGAGAAGAGGUUCUGCAGAAGUGCAUAGAGGAGAGAAGGAAAGCCGUGGAAGUGGCCAGGCCUGGAACCAGGGCAGUGGCCAGAGGUGAUAGGAAGGGAGCUGAGCCGAGCUCAAACCUGAGAGUGCUUGGAAAUUGGAAGACUUGGUGGCAAAGGAAAGUCAGAAGCCUGAGUCGGGAUGUGGGAUCAGAGGCUGAUCAGGCUGGCCUUGCUGCAACAGCUUUGAGUUGUCUAUGGCAUUAAGGUCAAGGGGCCGGGACAGUGCAAUCGCAGGAGACGACAGACGCCAGCCUCGGGAGUACGGUGUAAAAUAUUUGGAGUACUAUUUAAUGCAUUGCUCCAUUCCGUUGUACCCAAAUAUGGGUACAUACCAAGCUUUCUUGUUGAUGCCUUUGUGUCUUUGGAAGAGCAUAUUCAUACAGAAGGGCUUUUCAGGAAAUCAGGGUCUGUCAUUCGUCUAAAGGCACUAAAGAACAAAGUGGAUCGUCGUGAGGGUUGCCUGUAUUCUGCACUUCCUAGUGAUGUUGCUGGAAUUCUAAAGCAGUUCUUUAGAGAACUGCCUGAGCCUAUUCUCCCAGAUUUGCAUGAAGCACUUUUCAAAGCUCAACAGUUCAGAACAAAGAGUAGAGCUACAUUGUUACUGUCCUGUCUCGUGGCAGAUCACACAGUUGAUAUAUUAAGAUACUUCUUUAACUUUCUCCGGAAUGUUAAGAUGGACAGCAGCAAUCUUGCAGUCAGAUUUGCACCAAAUCUUCUUCAGACAAGUAAAGGACGUGAGAAGAUUCUGCAAACACAGAGAAAAAGCUCCGAUUACGGGCAGCAGUAGUACAGAUUCUUAUUAAUUGUGCAUCAGAUAUUGGGGGUGUGCCAGAUUUUAUACUGGAAAAGAUAAUUAUGUUAGGUGUUGAUGGUCUCUGUGCUAUUCCAUCACAGGAAGGCUUUGAAAACGGUGACUAUGAAACUCCUGGUGAAUGUAAGAGAAAGUGAAGACAAAGUGUUGGAGAUUUUGUUAAUGGAGCCCUAAAUAAACUUAAAUCUAGCAGAAAGCCA